UCCUGCAUUGGCUGGAGGGGACGUAGCCUGGACGUAGCUUGAUCCGCCUUUGUGUUUAUGAACCGCUUCCUCAAGCUUGUGAAUUCCUCAACAGUGGUAUUUUGAAUGAUAUUAUAUCUCUUGAGUCCAUUGGGCGUAGUUCAUCCCGCUGCAAAAGGAUUUAACCACAACGCUCUCACUGCACAAAUGAGGCACAACAGAAAUUGGACAUGUUGCUAUGGGUCUCGGAGUUGACAUGGCCUUAUCAGACACCUCCUCACCGAUGGAGAACAGGAGAUAUGGCAGGUGGAGGUCCAGGAUCCCAGAGUUUAUUCACAGUGGUCACUCCAAGCCACUUGUUCACAGAGCAAGUGAUGAGUCCAGGCCCGCAUGUGCCCAGGAGGUCAAAGAUUCAUACAGAGAGCAAAGUGGUUGCAAAAAGACAGUCACAAUGGCACCUGUUUCAAGGUAUAUGACAGACAAAAGCCUCUACAUCAUGAGAAAACCAUUGAUUUCCGCAACACAAAGCCAGAUGCCCAUCCUGAAGAAUUCACCCACAUUUGACGACUCAAACAAGGAACCUCAUAUAAUCCUCAAAGCAGAUUCACCUCAAGAAAAGGAAAAAUGUUCAGUCAAGCAGUCAGUCAAAAGUAUUAAGGAUGAUUCAUAUACAUUCUCCCAACCAAUGUCUAGUGAAGACCUGGACACCUCCAUGAACAUAUCGGACCUCAGGUUGUGGUCAUGUGAUGAGGAACCUAUUUUAAACACUUUAUCCAAUGAAUCCAGUCUGUCCAGCUCUCCUACAGCUAUUUUGAGCCUUACAGUACCUCAAGUGCCUAAGUUGACAUCCACUCCUUUGAGGAGUUCUCACUCGCCCAUCCGUACAUCUUGUUACACGAAAAGUGUUAAAACAAGAGUGAGUGAGAUGGACAAAGGUAAAGAUACUUUCCUUAACAAAGGAUCUUCCCAGUAUUACAAUAAGAACUAUACCCAUGUACCCAAACACAUGUCACCAUAUCAGGCCAACUAUUGGGCCUGCGCCAUCCCAAAUUCAAUGCCACCCUCCCCAGACCGGAGUUCCCCAAGCUGGGAUCCUGAUAAGGAAUACCAAGCACUCCUUGACUAUACAUACCCUUUAAGACCCAACAUGGCUAACACAUGGAGUUCACCAGAGUCUCUAUUACGAACUGAACCACUGUUGCAAGACUCAGGCAUUGAGUUGGACCACAUUCACAGCUCGUCCAGCCUAUCCUGUCUGGACCAAUCCCAGACCCGGACUCGACCGGAAAGAUACAGCCCACCAAGAGGCCAAAGCUUGACUGGAGUACACAAAAGGAAAUUAUCAUAUUCUAAGUCCUCAGAUGAUAUACUGUCCAGCAGCUUGUACUCAUCACUAGACCAAACUGGCUUGUCAGGUGAGAAUCUAGAUUGUGACAGGAAGCAUUACCGUAAAUUUGGUGUCUUCUCUACAUUCAGGUCAGAUCCCACUUUUAUAAGAUCAACACACAUCCUGGCCCGCCCUGGAUCACGUGAGGAGUGGGAUGAAGAGUUCCUUCGCCUGCCUGAACAGAUAAAAGAACUCAAUUUGCUUUCACAGCAGCUAAGGGAUAUUAGUGCCCAGAUAAGCAAGCCAGUUACCAGCAGCUGGGAGUCUCUGGGGAGUGAAGUUACUUCUGUCAGGUCACCCACAGUUCAGGUGGAUAAACGGGAACUGGUGGUAGAAAAAAGUGGUGAUGAAGAUCUUCUCAAGGAUGAGGAUGAUUCACAGGAACCAGGUGCCAGAAUACAGGAAAUUAGCCGAGAAGUGAACAGGAGGAACCUGAGGGAGGUAAAAACUAUUAUGAAUCAACUGAGUGGAAUGUCCAUGUCAGAACUUCAAAGGACAAUAUGUGUAGAUCAGGUUGAAGAAGAGCCAGAGGAGUCACUCAUGCAGCACAUAGUGGUAUUUUGCUCAAACCUUGAAAAGUUGAUUCGGUGGCUGUACAAAGUGGUAGAGAAGGUAGAGGUUCUUUCCCCUCCAACUGUUGACUUAGACAGUGUCAAAGCCUCAUUGGCUGACUACAAGAGUUUUCAGGAAGACGUCCACGCUCAUAAACCUCUUACGACAGAUGUUUUACAGACUGGAGAGAUGCUUUUGCAUUGCAUGAGCUCAGCUUCUCCUUUUUUAAAGGAAACACUGGCGCUAAUAGAGAGACAGUCUCAUACACUGGAGACACAUUCAGAGUAUCUGUUCUCCUCUAUUAUCUCAGCCAUGGACAGCCUCACUGACCCCAGGACACCUGAGAGGGAGUUUCUUGAUGACUAGGUUGAGAAGGUGUGAAAAUAAUAACCUAUCUGCUUUAUGGUGACUUUUGUGCACCUUUUAACCCACAUGGGAACAACAAUAACCGCAAACGACUUUAUACUUGAUCAACAUCUCUUUUUUUAAACUUUUAACUUUUAUAUAAUGUCUAAAAGUGCUUUAAUGUUUGCAGUUUACUUUUAUUGUGAUCCUUCUUUUACUACUGAUGGACGUUUCAUUUUGUAUUUAUGAAUGCAAAUCUUGAAACAUAAUUUUUUUAACAUA